AUGUCAUUCUCCAUGUACAAGCGCUUGCAAAGCCUCAGUUUGGCCGAUCGAGGUGGCUGGAGCGCGUGGAGCUCGUGGGCGCAGUGCAGCAGCGAGUGCGGAGGCGGGAUCCAAACCAGGACUCGGACCUGCCAGUCUCCUCCAGACGAGUGGUUUCUGUGUGAGGGCGUCGUGGAGGAGGGCCGGCCCUGCAACUCCCACUCCUGCACAGGCAAAGGUCUCCAUCUGUCCCGCAGUCAGUCGCUGCGCUCGGUGGACAGCCACAAGCGGGAUGAUGUGGACAAGCCCCGCGGCGGACAGAAGAGCCCUCAGACAGGUGAGGCGCCGCAUGCAUCUUUUGGGUGGGUGGGUGUCUGCGGGUGUGUGGGGGGUGUCAUUUCACAUACAGUGGCAGAGACAUUUGUCGACGGGGUCUGGCCUGAAUCCCGACUGACAGCAGGGAGGAUUUCUGUGAGGUGCUGCUGCCUCUGCAUGCUGGCUAUGAACCCAAAGCUCUGUUCACCUGUGCUGUAAAAACCCACAUAGUUUAUCCUCUAUGUGAACCUCAGGCAUCAAUUUAAAAAUGUAACUAAUCUAAAUUAAAUAAAUGCUAAUUAAGUAAUCCUUACUUUAAAAAUUGUAAUUUUAUU